CCCAUAGUGGUGUAACUGGUUGGGGCACAUUCCUACCACAGACACUGAAAUACUAAAAUUGCCCCUGUUGCACUCACACCGACAGAGAGAGACAGAGAGAGAGACCAUGCAGAGUGUCUCCAUCCAGCCCUUUCCAGUUGGCCAAACGGUGACUAUCACACAAGCAAAUGACUGGGACUCCGGCCUCUGUGACUGCUGCGAUGACUGCGGAAUCUGUUGCCUUGCAUUCUGGUGCUUCCCUUGCUUCCAGUGCAAGACAGUCAGUGAUUUCAAGGAGUGCCUCUGCCUCCCCCUCCUGGAUCCCUACUUGAUGGGCUACAUUGGAUGUGGCACGGCUUGCCCCCCUAUCUCCAUGGCGAUGAGGGCCUCGGUCAGAGAGAGAUACAAGAUUCCAGGCUCCAUCUGCGAUGACUGCUGCAUGCUGUGCUGGUGCUACUCCUGCUCGUGGUGCCAAAUGGCGCGGGAGAUAAAGAAGCGCAAACAGCCCUUCACCUUCGUAACCGCCCAGACCACCUCGGUGCAAAUGCCCCUGCAGCAGAAUAUCUACCCCAAGCUGUGAGCGCCCCUUUCUGCCCUGGAAAUACCCAUGGAGCUGCCCGGAGCAGCAACCAAUGAGCCGGAGGCUUGAUUGGCCGCCACUAUAGCAGCUCAGCCAAUCAGAUGUUUCCUGAUAUUGUAUGUAAAUGGAAUUUGUGAUUCUCUGUAAAAUGUAGAAAAAAUAAAGGAAGGAAAUUGAUAUUAA